AUGGGUUCCGUCGUCAUUCCCCAUCUCGUGACCGGCUGGCACGUCGACCAAGCCAUCAUGUCCGAAGAAGACCGCCUGGUCGUCAUCCGCUUCGGCCGUGACUGGGACCCAGACUGCAUGCGCCAGGACGAAGUCCUCUACAAAAUCGCCGAGCGCGUCAAGAACUUCGCCGUCAUCUACGUCUGCGACCUCGAUCAAGUACCCGACUUCAAACAGAUGUAUGAGCUCUACGACCCGGUCACGCUCAUGUUCUUCUUCCGUAAUAAGCACAUGAUGUGCGACUUUGGUACGGGAAACAACAACAAAUUGAACUGGGUGCUGGAGGAUAAGCAGGAGUUGAUCGAUAUUAUCGAGACGAUUUACAAGGGAGCGAAGAAGGGCCGUGGUCUGGUCGUGAGCCCGAAGGACUACUCAACUCGGUACCGGUACUAG